AUUUGAUUUAAAAAUCCACACAGGAUUCGGUUAGUGUUGACUACCGCACUGAAUACACAACCGAUCUGACGCGAUGGCCUCACAGAAUAUGGAUCCCGCUGCAGCCGCGUCAAACACAGCGCUGAAGGGAAGCGAGACAAGCGGAAGUGUGUCCAAAGGAUCGGUCUCAAAAAGACUUCAGCAGGAACUGAUGACUCUAAUGAUGUCCGGAGACAAGGGGAUUUCAGCUUUUCCAGAAUCAGACAACCUAUUCAAAUGGAUUGGUACUAUAGAUGGAGCUCAGGGAACGGUUUAUGAAGGUUUGAGGUACAAACUUUCAUUGGAGUUUCCCAGCGGGUAUCCCUACAACGCCCCUCGCGUGAAAUUCAUCACCACCUGUUUUCACCCAAAUGUUGAUGAGAAUGGUUUCAUCUGCUUGGACAUUUUGAAGGACAAGUGGUCUGCACUUUAUGAUGUCCGCUCUAUUUUACUGUCUAUUCAGAGUCUGCUAGGAGAACCCAACAAUGAUAGUCCAUUGAAUUCUGCAGCUGCAGCACUAUGGGAUGACCAGGAUGCAUUUAAAGCCCAGUUGCACGCAAUUUACAAAAAUUGACCAUGAGGAUUACAAAGGUGUCUUGUUUUAUGUAUUUGUUUAUAAUAAUGUAAAUUAAAAUGUUGGGUUUGUGUGUGUACAUUAUUUCUAUGUUGUAUUAAACCUGCUUGAAUAAAAUGCUAAUUUGUACU